AUGGUCGUACAGACAUUGCUAGAGCGCGGAGCCAAUGUCCACGCCCAGGGUGGACGAACUUCCAAUACACUGUUGUUGAAGCAGGAGGUCGAGAUCAACCGUGAGCAGGCGCACAAGAUUCGCGUUCUCAGGCUAGAGGACAUGUAUUUCGUGAUGGAGGGCGUAGGUGCCUAUUAG